AUGAAGCUAGCUUCGGCCCCGCCCACCAACUCAGGCGACUGGAACGGCGGCGUGCGGCACGGCCAAGGGACGCUGUGGGUGCACCGCGACGGGCGGUACUAUGUGCGUUACAGCGGCGACUGGUGCGAAGACCUUCCAGAGGGCCAGGGCACCUUCUUUGACGAGAACGGGGACAGCUACGAGGGCGCCUGGCGCGCGGGGCUCAGGGAGGGGCUGGGCCGGGCAGUGUACGGCGGGCGGCCCGGCGACGGGUACGGAGGUGACGUGUACGAAGGGGAGUGGUCGAGUGACGUGAGGCACGGGCGCGGUACCAUGGCGUUUGGCAACGGCGACGUGUUUGAGGGGGAGUGGCGGUUCGACUCCAAGCACGGGCCAGGGACGUUCACAUACAACAGCAGGGGCCGCAGGUAUGACGGGGUCUGGGACUCUGAUGUUCCAAAGUGUGGCAGCUACUCGGAGAUCAGACCCUCGCCUCCCGGCGCCGUGGGCUCAAUCCCCAGCGUCGAGCUGGCGUGCCCUGAGACGGUGUUGACGGAGGCCACGACGGCGGCAGCGGCGGCGGCAGCGGCAGCGGGCACGCUGGCAGCGCUGUCCCUGGCGGCGCCCGCGCGUGCUUUGUACAGCGCCAGCUCGCCAGUUGUGCAGCUGACGCCCGAGAUUUUUGAAUCCAAGAUCAAGGGCCGCGGAGGCGUCUGGAUCGUGGAGUUCUACGCGCCUUGGUGCGGCCACUGCAAGUCCCUGCAGCCCGCGUGGGAGGCGGCCGCGGGCGCGCUCAAGGGCGUCGUCAACGUUGCGGCGGUCGACGCCGACGCGCACCCCUCCCUGGCGCAGCAGUACGCCGUCCAGGGGUUCCCCACGAUCAAGCUUUUCUAUACGAAUGAGGCAGGCAAGGUCGUCUCGGGGUCCUCGGACUACUCGGGCGCCCGCGACGCGCGCUCCAUCGUCGGCUGGGCGGUCGACAAGGCGCGCGCGUACGCCCUCAAGCGCCUCGGCGGCGGCGGCGGCGGGGCGGACGCGGGCGCGGGCGGUGGCGGCGGCGGGCGGCAGCAGCGCGCGAGCGGCGGCGGCGGCGACGGCGGGUUCUAUUCGGGGACGGAUGUGGUGACCCUCACGGACUCGAACUUUGACCGGGAGGUGCUGCAGAGCGACGACUUCUGGCUGGUGGAGUUUUACGCCCCCUGGUGCGGGCACUGCAAGUCGCUCAAGCCGGCGUGGAUCGAGGCUGCAUCGGAGCUCAAUGGCCGUGUCAAGGUUGGGGCCGUCGACUGCACCGCUCACCAGGCGACGUGCAGCCAGUUUGGCGUGCAGGGCUACCCCACCCUCAAGUUCUUCGCCCGCAACAAGGACAGCCCUCAGGACUACCAGGGCGGCCGCGACUCUGGCAGCAUCGUGAACUUCGCAGUUGAGCGCUGGAGCUCCGCCAAGCCGCCGCCGGAGGUCAGGGAGCUGGUGGACCAGGCAGUCCUGGAGACGGAGUGCAUAGGCUUCCACGUGCCGGGCCUCGAAAACUCCAAGCCGCGCCAGCUCUGCUUCUUCGCUUUCCUCCCGGACAUCCUGGACACGGGGGCCGCGGGCCGCAAUGCGUACAUCCAGAUCCUCAAGGACCUCGCCUCCAAGUACAAGGCGCGCCCCUUCGGCUACCUGUGGGCAGCCGGCGGCAAGCAGCCCGGCGUUGAGGCGGCGCUCGGCGUUGGCGGCUUUGGGUACCCAGCCCUCGUGGCCUUCAACCCGAAGGACGGCAAGCUCUCCACCAUGAGGAGCGCGUUUGAGGCCAAGGCCGUGACAGACUUUGUUGAAUCCAUCCGCCGCGGCUACGAGCCGGUCAGCCCCCUGGUGGGGGGCAAGGCCGAGCUGCCUGAGGCAGCGACCAUCGCCCCUUGGGACGGCCGGGACGCGCAGGUUGACUUGGAGGACGAGUUCAGCCUGGAUGACAUCAUGGGGGACAGCGCCAGCAGCGCAGGCAGCGACAAGACCGAGUUUUGA